CAUUGUAUAUUAUUCCGGUGCCUCGAGUCUUGCAACGGUGCGACUGUGUCUCUCGUGCAUAGUGUGAUUGCUUUGGUACUUCCAGCGUCUCUGAUUCACUUUCACCACAACACAAUCAUCUUGGACGGUCAACCACUAUCAAUUCCAGAUUACGAGACACAAAGUCUUUUUUUGAAAUCACUUAUAAGCCCCUCCUCGUCCUCACUCUUUCGAACAUCUAUCCUCGUUGCGUGGUAUCCAUCAACAGCCGUGUAUCACAAGAACAUUUCUUCGCAUCGCGGGAUCAAUAGCACCUCCUCCCACCUACCCACCAACCUCAUUGGAUCUCGACACUUGACAGCUUCAGCAUGUCUGAAUCUGAGACUCAAAGUAUUGGGCGCAGCCAUCUUCCUGGCUUCGCUGGGUUAUUAACACAGCCAAUGCCUUCUUUUAACUUUUGGUAUUCAAGUACCUUUUGGCUGUACCUUUUUGUAGGCCUUUGGGUACAUCGCUAUCUCCGUCUUCUAGUUCAUUGCGUCAGCCAUUGGACUUAUAAGUCGAAGCCUAUCCCCAGCAAACCGACGUUUACGAGUAAGGAUGUGACUGUGGUCAUCCCGACCAUUCACAAUGCUUUCGAGGAGCUGCGUCCUUCUCUUGAGAGCAUUCUGGUUUGUGAGCCUGCCGAGCUGAUUCUGGUCACAACGCAUGAUAAGCGAAAAGACCUCCAGCGCCUGGCAGACUCCCUGGUUUUCCCCAAAGUCCGUGUUUUGGAUACUCCUAUUGCCAACAAGCGCCUGCAGGUGUGCGAGGCGCUCCCCAAGGUCGAGACUCCCAUCACUAUCAUGGCGGAUGAUGAUGUGACCUGGCCCUCGACUCUUAUGCCCUGGAUCCUCGCUCCAUUUGAAGACCCUCAAAUCGGCGGUGUAGGAACUUGUCAACGAGUUCGACGGGAGCAUGAUGGUUCUUGGUCAACCAAGGCCUGGAACUGGUUGGGUGCAGCUUACAUUGAGCGUCGAAACUUUGAGAUUUCAGCCACCCACAAUAUCGACGGUGGCACCUCAUGCAUGUCUGGUCGUACCGGCGCCUACCGCUCCGAAAUUCUCUCUAGUCAUGACUUUCUCCACGGCUUCAAGAACGAGAAGUGGAGAAAGUGGAUUUUGAAUGCUGACGACGACAACUUUGUGACUCGUUGGCUGGUAAGCCACCAGUGGAAGACAUGGAUCCAGUACGAUAAGGAGUGUGAAAUCGAGACAACGUUGGAGAACAGCACCAAGUUUUUGUACCAAUGUUCUCGUUGGGCACGAAGCAAUUGGCGAAGCAACUGGACCAGCAUGGUCACUGAACGCUACAUUUGGACGCAGCAGUUAUGGUGCACAUAUGCCCUUCACUUCGCAACUUUUACUUCGCUGGCCUUUGUCGUUGAUCCGCUUCUCCUAGCUUCAUGCUGGUGGGGAACUGCGGACUGGGAUAUCCAGAAUCGCCGAUGCGCUUUCUGGACUCAGUUUAUCUUCAUGUUUGCAUUCACGAAAGUAGUCAAGCUGAUGGGUCUGUUCAUUCGAAACCCCAGCGAUAUCAUGUUCUUGCCCGUUUCGGUCAUAUUUGGAUAUUUCCACGGAUUGAUCAAGCUAUACGCCCUGAUCACCUUGAAUAUGACUUCAUGGGGUAGCCGAGCUGAUGGAGAUGCCAACGAUGAGCAGCGACUUGCCCCCGCUCCGCAGCCUUCGAUCGUUUUGAAGACUCCUCCUGGAAAGGGAUCGCUUAUUCGAUAUAACGCUCGUCAAAAGGGACGGCAACCGCAGGCACAGCAAGUCGCGUGGGAAAAGAGCGACUACGCCGCCUACGAUUCAAGCACCUCGUAUGUGCCCAUACGAGUGCAUACACCAAUGGCAAUAACGCCAAACAACACCAAGCUGCACGCGAACGAAACUUCGAUCAGUUCACAGUGUUGGGUAAUUUGACCUGGCGAUGAAACGAUUUGAUGAGGCCAUGAGUAACGUUUUCAUUUUCAUGUGGGAAGUUAAUUGUCCAUGACCAAAGGUCAAAUGGAACGACGAAAAUCUUCCUACCUUUCCUCUUCUACUACUUCUUGCACACCACACCACAGCCACCACCAAAAAAAAGGACGGAUUGGGGACACAGAUGGGAGGCCUUGUAAGAGGCCGGUUGGGCAAAAGUUCUUGCUUCUUUGAGGGAUGAUAAUUAUGCUUUUCCAGUCGACGGCCGCUGACGAGGUUGAGAGUGUCACCUUCUUGGAAUGAGAUAUUUCCAAAGUAGAUGAAAGACACGUGGUAACCUGAACAGCGAGCUUUGCUGGGCCAAACAAUAUUGGUGGGAAAGCAGUCAAGGCUAUCAUGACUACUAGCUUCUUGACUUGCUGACGAAACCCGAGCAAGAGUCAUCUUCCCUCGUUUUGUAACAAUUUGGGAUCAUUUGGGACUACGGA